AUGCCCAACGACACCGAGGUAACGCUCGAAUCGCUCUCCGAGCUCCUCAAAGACGACAAGGCCGUCAAGGUCGCCGGCAUCGACGUCGAUGGCAUCCCGCGCGGCAAGCUGAUGGCCAAGUCCAAGUUCAUCUCCAUUGCAAAGACGGGCUUCGGCUUCUGCUCCGUAAUCUUCGGCUGGGACAUGCACGACCAGACCUACUUCAAAGAGCUCAAGAUCAGCAACAAGGAAAACGGAUAUAGAGACGUCAUCGCCGUGCCGGACCUCAGCAGCUACAGGCGCAUACCGUGGGAAGACAACGUGCCGUUCUUCCUCGUCAGCUUCUACGACCCGGACACGCAGGAGAGCUUGAGCGCCUGCCCGAGGAGCCUGUUGAAGCGGGCGGUGGACAAGCUGAAGGAGGACGGGUUCGGCGCAAUGGCCGGAGCGGAGUACGAGUUCUACCAAUUCCGAGCACCGGCAGAUCCCAAUGCCACCCAGCGCAACUCUUCAUCGACAGCGCGGUUCCUGCUGGAUAACCCACCGGAUCAGCUGCCGAGUUUGACGGAGGGGAUGUUCGGAUACAGCUUGACGCGGCCGGUGCACAACCAGGACUACUUCUACGGCAUCUUCGACGCCUGUGAAAAGUUCAGGUGCGGCAUAGAAGGCUGGCACACCGAGAGUGGUCCCGGUGUCUUCGAAGCCGCACUGGAGUUCGGCGAGAUACGAGAAAUGGCCGACAAGGCCGCACUCUUUAAACUCACCGUCAAAUCCCUCGCCUCCAAACACGGCAUAACCCCCUGCUUCAUGGCCAAGCCCCGCCACAACCUCCCCGGCAACUCGGGCCACAUGCACGUCUCCAUUGUCGACACCUCCGGCAAAAAUCUCUUCUACCGCGGCUCCGAAGACCCCAAUCCGCCCUACCCCGACAUAAAGUUCCUCUCAGAUCUCGGUCGGCACUUCCUCGCCGGCCUGCUGGACGGCCUGCCAGACGUCAUGCCUAUCGUAGCACCUACAAUUAAUUCCUACAAGCGGCUCGUCGAGAACUUCUGGGCGCCUGUGACCGUGAGCUGGGGCCUCGAGCACCGGGCCGCGAGUAUCAGGCUCAUAGCCCCGCCGACCGCGAGCCCGAAAGCCACGCGCUUCGAGGUGCGCGUCGCGGGCGCCGACGCGAAUCCGUACAUGGUGCUCGCCGCAAUCCUGGCGCUCGGCUGGCGGGGCGUGGAGAAGAAACUCGAGAUCCCCGUGCCGCCGCUGGGCAAGGGUGAGGAUGUGGGCGGGGCGGCGGACAAGGGAAUACGGCUGGCGAAGAGCCUGAAGGAGGCGAAUCAGAGGUUCAUGAGGAAGGAGAGUGUCGCGAGGGAGGUAUUUGGCGACGAGUUCGUUGAGCACUUUGGGGGGACGAGGGAGCACGAGGUUAGGCUUUGGGAGGAGGCGGUUACGGAUUGGUGA